GCGCUGAUUCUGAAGGCGUGUAUCAAGUGCAAGGAAAACGGUCACCCGACGUCCCAGCGCGGUAGAGUACGUUUUCUCACGAUCGAGAAGCUUCCUGUGCGUUCGGAAGCGGUGACUCGACGUCACAAGUGUGACGUCGUGCGAUUCAGCUGCUUGAUACACCCCCUAAGCAGUCGUCUCUCUGUCCUACCAGCCUCGCUACAAUCACCCAGUUCAAGAGCCUCUUUCUGUGCGACCACGUGGCCACCAUGCGCCAAUGAGGAGCGCGGAAUGAUUCACGCGCACCAGCCAUGGGUCGCCGUCUCCGCUAAGCGCCCGGGGCUAUGGCGCCCCGCGGACGCCGCCAUGCCUCCCGCAAAGGCGGCGAGCCCGGGCGCCAAGCCUCUGUCGCGGGGGCGGUGGCGGUCGGCGGGCGAGCGGUGGACGUGCAGCGCGAUGGCGGCGGCGCAGAUGGGCGUGGCGCUGCUGCUGCUGGCGGUCGCCGCCUCCUCGCUGUUCCUCCUCGGCUGCAUCCGCCUCCCCUCCCGCCAGGCGCUGUGGAACGUGGAGCUGCCGCACGAGCCCCUCGACGCCCGCUCCAACUGCUCCUCCGCCGCCCCCACCGUCGUCGUCAAGACGAGCCUGUGGUACUCGGACCACGCGUUCCACGUGCCGCCCGUGUUUCCGCUGUGCACCAUGGACGCCUGCUUCGACUUCUCCCGCUGCCCCGCCACGCCCGCCCACGAGCCCCUCGUCUACUCCUACUGGCCCGGCCCCAAGUACUUUGCAAGAUUCAACUCCACCAGGUGGCACACGGACGACCCGUCCAAGGCGUGCUACUUCUUUGUCUUCAUGUCGGCCGGCCAGCCGCACCACUUCAAAGACCUCCCCUACUGGGGGGAGGACGGCCAAAACCACGUGCUUAUAAGCUUCUCUGACAACUGGAGCGGCCCCCCAGCGUGGAGUGUGGGCAAGGCGGCCCUCAUGCUCACAGCAGCGCACCUCACGGUGCACCGCGCCACGUUCGACGUCUCACUGCCACUGCCACCCACGUGGAAGCGCCAGGCGACGGGGCUGCGGCCGCUGGGUGUGGCGCAGCGGCGGUACUUUCUGACGUUCAUGGGGACGCGGUACCUGGGGUCCAUGCACGGCAGCUUCCGCAGCUCCAAGGCCUUCAAGGCGCUGCACAACGGCAGGGACGUCGUCGUCGUCACGCAGUGCGGGGGCUCCACGAACCGGCGGAUAAUGGAGGAGGACCCGUCGCUGCUGCCGGAGUGCGCGGCGGACGCAGCGGUGUUCCGGUCCUUCUCGUACCCCGCCCUCAUGAACACCUCCUUCGCCCUCGUCCCCGCCGGCCGCCAGGCCUCCACCUACCGCUUCGUAGAGGCGCUGACAGCAGGCGCCAUCCCGGUGGUGGUGGCGGACAACUGGAAGCUGCCGUUAGACGACAUCAUCCCCUGGCACCGCUGCCUGCUGCUUUUCCCCACCCACCAGCUCCCCCGCAUCCUGCCCUCCCUGCGCUCCAUCCCCCCGCAAGCGGCUGAGAAGCGAAGGCAGCGCUGCGUGUCCAUCUUUGAGGAGUAUUUAGCAUCAGAUGACAUUCUCAUGCGAUCAGCCAUGACUGCUCUCAAGUCUCAUGCAGGGGGGAUGUUCCCGUUAUGAACCAAUGCAGUUAAUUGGUAUGCAAGCUUGAAAGCUCCAGUGUGUGUUUCCUUCAGAGCUUUGAGUCACGCUGUGCAUUGGGGAAUCAGUGCAGGCUGUAGCAGUGUGCGGAGGGUGCACAGCGCACAGCGCACUGAGGGUACAACUGCUCCUGCCACCAUCCACCACACUUUCAGAGCGUGCCGCUGCAGUGGGGCAUGAGCACAUGCUCAUGCCCAGCCACCCACUCUCGCCAUCAGUUUUCAGCUCUCUUGCCAUGUGCUCAGCCAUGCACAUGGCGAGAUAGGAUGAUUUGGCCUACACGCUGCAGAGCAGAGUGCAUAUUGCCCCAGGUUGGCUG